UUAUAUUUUUAAAAUGAUUAAAUAAAGAAAAUAUAAUUAUUAUCAAAAUAGAAUAGUUUAUAUCGAUCUCGUUUUAUAAAAUGAAACAUAUAAAUAUUAGUAAUAUCGGCCUUGUUUUUAAACGGAUUCUACUUCAAGUGACAAAAUAGAAGUCAUGGAAUGCAUGAUUUGUAAAAAUCAGUAUCCUAAUCAACAACUAUUCGUUGACCAUCUGAAGAACAAUCCUGCUUGCAACAAAUUAACAUGUGACCUGUGUCUAAAACAAUUUAAGCUCAUUCAGAGUUUGUACUAUCACAAGCGGACUCAUUUGAGUGAAAAGCCAUUCAAAUGUGAUGAGUGUGAAUAUUCUACUUUAACCAAAGCAUUAUUGAACAGACACAAAAGAAAACAUUCAUCGGAACAGCUUUAUAAGUUCAAUUAUUGCAAGUAUACUACUAAAUGGAAAGACUGUUUGCACAGACAUCUUUAUUUGAAACAUUAUACAGAGUUGUCUUCUAUUGAUGAGGUAUAGGCAUUUGAGAAAAUUUGAAUGCGAAAUGUGCCAGAAACGAUAUCGAUCAGAAUUCAAUUUAAAAGCCCACAUGAGACAACACACAGGAGAAAGUCCAUUCCAGUGUGAUAAAUGCUCUAGAAAAUUUGCA